CAAUCAACUAAAGUUCUACAGCAAGAGGUACACACUUUUUCUUACAAUUUUUAAGAGAAAGUUAUAUGUAUAAUACACGAGUAUUAAGAUAGAAAAUAACAUGAAUAUUUUAUGUGUGCCUGUUAGAUAUCAUGUCAAGCUCAAGAAACACUAGCGGAUCACAACGUCGUGGACGUCAAUCCAGUGGUGAGGCAAGAACCACGACUGAUGGCGGAACAACUCGUGAAGGACAGUAUCUGUGGAAGGAUAAGAAUUGUGAAGUUAUGCUUGAACUCGUCAUUGCGGAGCUAAAAGCCGAUGACUACCGUAGUAGAAUGCCAGAUGUGGCAGCUAGAAAAAGAAUUGAAAAAAAAUACUUCGAGCUGAUAGGUGAAAAGAUCUCUUGGGAUCCAGAGAUAACUAGCAAAAUUGGUUACUUGCGUAAACUUUGGAAUAUUCACAGUCAAUUGGUAAAACGCACCGGUGUUGCUGUUGAUCCAUCUUCUGGACAAAUAGAUAUGGUGGAAACUUGGUGGAGUGAUCGGAUUGCGGAAUAUGGAGGAACUAAAGGAAGACUAGUUCAUGUUUUGCAAAAGAAGCCUUUGCCAUUUAAAGAUUUGUUGGAUCAAAUUUUUGGUGAACAUGAUGUUGAUCAAGAUGAACGUUAUUCACCACAUAUGCUUGGCCUACAACUCCAGCAAGUUCAACCUACUUUAGAUGUUGAUGGCAUAACAAUGGUGGACCAACUGCAAGAAACUCAAACUGCUGAACCAAUAGUGGAUCUUACUAGUGAUCAAGGAUGCAACCGAUCAAUCCGAAGCACGUCGUCACGUCGUCUUGCAAGAAGAAAAACUAGUUUCGAAACACAGGUGGAAAGUGGAUUUCAGCGUGUCGUAGAUACUCGGCAAGAAUUUUUAGAAGAACUACGAUCAAGAAAAAUUCAAAAGAUAACAUAUGGUGAUGCAACAUCAGUUCUAGAAAAGUUACCAAUAGAACAGCUUGGGGUAUUUUGGUGGGCAGCAAAUAAAUUGUUAAAGAAUGAUGCUGAUAUACGUGAAGCCUUUGUGAAAUUGGAAAAUGAAGAAAUUAAGAUCAAAUAUAUGGAGAGUUUACUUGGCACAGACAGACAUGGGAGUCCAUGCAAUCAGGUUGAUUUGUUGACGACAAGUCAAAACCAUUUUCAGAGUGUUGGAAUGGGUGGAAGUACUGCAAUAGGAGCUAAUACUGGAGGUGGUUACAUGAGUUUUCUUGGUGUGCACUCCACUGAAUUAGAAGAGCCACGUAGAGAACCAACAAGUUUUGUCAGCUUACUUAAUGAAAGCAAUGAUGAUGGCCUCGUCUAAGCUUUCUAGAAAUAUUUUAUUAUAUAAGUUUUGACUUUAAGAAUUUGGUUUUGGUGUUUACAGAUAUUAUUAGUGCUUUGAAGCUGUAUUGCAUGUUUUCUAUUUAUAAAGAUAAUUAUUUAUUUAUGAGCACUUGAGUUUACUUUUUUAUCUCUAAAUAAUAAUAUCUAUGUAAAUAUUUGCAGGAACUUCGUAUCCUAGAAUUACGUUCACGUGGAAUUCAAAACUUAAAUGAAGAUGAGUUGAUGGAGCUAAUGUUAUUGGAAGAAGAAGAGUUUCUCCAAAGGUACAUGCAUCCUAUAUUAGAGUACUACAAGACAAACUUUUUUAAAGAACCAAUGAACAAAGAUUGGGGAAAUGGUUGGAAGUUGAUACGGAGCCAAAUCUACCAUAACGAAGUUUCAUGUCGUACUCUUAUCCGCAUGAGUCCAGAAGCCUUUAUUCGUUUAUGUGAAGUUCUUCAAACGAAGUAUGGAUUACAAGAGUCAAAUAAUAUCAAAGUGGAUGAGAGCGUUGCAAUUUUCUUGAUUUUGUGUGGCCAAAAUGACACUCAACGUGACAUUGGUUUAAGAUUUGGCCAUGCGCAAGAGACUAUAUGCAGAAAAUUUCACUAUGUUCUUGGAGCAGUGGUACAAUUGGCAGUUGACUAUCUACGACCAAGAACAACUCGUGAGUUUGAAGCAAUAUCGAAUAGCUUACAUGGAGACAAGCGGUAUUCGCCUUAUUUUAAUGGUUUUGUCGGGGCUCUUGAUGGAACACAUGUACCAGUAAUGGUGACUCCAGGUCGAGAUGCAUUACGUUUUGUGAACCGGAAGGGAACAGCAAGCCUUAAUGUUUUGGGAAUUUGUGAUCAUGAUAUGUUAUUUACAUAUUGCUUCGUUGGAAUGGCGGGAUCAACACAUGACUCUAGAGUGCCGGACACCGCUAUGCGAGAGGAUCCAAUGUUUCCUCAUCCCCCAGAAGGAAAAUAUUAUCUUGUAGAUUCUGGUUAUGCAAAUAGGCGUGGUUAUCUAGCUCCAUAUCGAAAAGAAAGAAUAGAAGGUACACGAUAUCAUCUCCAAGAUUUUUUUAAUAAUGAACCUCCAAAAAACAGCAAGGAAAUGUUUAACAGAUGGCAUGCGUCACUACGUUCAGUUAUUGAACGUACAUUCGGUGUUUGGAAACAAAAAUAGAGGAUUUUAAAUGAAUUUCCAAGGUAUGAUAUCUCAACGCAAAGAAAGGUUAUAUUUGCAACAAUGGGGCUCCACAACUUUAUUCGUUGGAACAAAAUUAAAGAUAUUGACUUCGAAGAAUUUGAUGUGGAGAGGGACACUACUCAUUCACAUUCGAAUGUGAACAAUCAUUCAGAUGAUGAGAGUGAUGAACAAGUGAACCAAAACACAUCGGCAGGAGUUUAUAUGAAGAUUGUACGAGAUCAUAUCGCUGAACAAAUCUGGACUGAUAAAAGACCUGGUUCUCGUCGACUAUAGGUUUGUAUCUUUAUUAAUACAAGUUUGCAAAUAAUUAUAGAUACGUGAAAUGUAAUAGGUAUUACAUUAUAGUUUUUUUCUUGUGAAAAAUAAAACAAAUGUUUGUUGUGCAGGUGAAAGAUACGUGUGAAGGAAGAGACACCAAAACCUAUGGACAAGAAAGUUUAUUUAUAUUUAAAAUGUUUUUAAACAAUAGUUUUUAAAUUACUUUAAUUAAAAAUAUUCAUUCCUUUUAGUGGUUACCAUUCAUUGCAAUAUUUUGUUCCAUUCCUUCUCUGCAUUUAUUCCUUUUAAUUUGUUCCUAUUCAUUCCUUUUGAUUCCUUUUCCCUAUUGUUCCACUUGUUCCCGAAAAGGUCACCAGUCAGACCCAAAGAUUCCGGUCCAUUUCAUCACAUAGCUUUUGAGGAUUAUGAUUGUUGGGUCAACCGCUAUCUAGAUUACCAUCUUAUCCUCAUGGCUUUAGAAAUUGAUAAUUUAUAUCAGAAGAGCGUCCUUUAGAUCUUUCAAAGAGUCUUCGAUUUCAUCAAAAAUAAUCUGAGGAUCUUGUAUGACCGAUGGAUCAACGGCCAUCGAUAUAGUCAUCUUGGCCGCAUAACUUAUGAAAUGUAUCAACAAUGCCUACCAAAAAACUAAAAAAAUAAUAUAUGUAAUGUAUAUAUAUAACAUAUGAGAAGAAACGGUCGAGAGGAUCUGUUCAUGAUUGCUAUUAUAAACUUCUCAUUUUCAAAAUUUCCACCACAAAAAUAAAACGUACUUGUGAGAGUUCAUUUUUUGAAAGUGCUUAGAGCAUCUCCAUCAAUGGUUCCUAAGCCUGAGUUCCUAAGUAAAUGGGAUUAAAAAAAAAUAAAAAAGGCUAAUUAAAGGCAGGAACGCGCCUUAAUUGAGGAAUUAAAGGAAUGGUAAGGAACCCAUACGUGGCGCACUCUCAUUGGACCGCUCUUUUAUUGUCUCUCUCUCUCUCUUCUCUGGGGUUUCGACGAAACCGAAGACUCUCUUCUCUCUCGAACACUCUCGAUGUUCUCUCUCUCUAUCUUCUCUCUCGACGAUGCCGGCUUCUGCGUCUCUCUCGAUGAGUCCGUCGCGUGUCUGAGUCCGUCAUCUCUCUCGUUCGGUCCGGCUUCUCCGUCCCUCCAUCUUCUCUCUCGCUCCGUCCCUGUGUCUUCUCUGUCAAUCGGUGAUCGGAAACGGUUCCACUUCCUCCCGAAGCUUCUCUUCCGGCAGCUCUCCGAGACAGAGUCCUCCCCUUUUACGUAUCUUCUCGCCGACGUCUCUCAUCCCUUGGCAUUGGGUGGGGAGAAAAAACGGUAAACGUCUUCUCGUCGUCAUUCGUCGCUUCUUCAUCUUCUUCUUCUCGCUUCGUUUACGAUAAGGGUUUUAACAAUGAAGCUUGAUACUAGUGGAUUCGAGACCUCCAUGCCUACGAUUGGAUUCGGCUCAAGCAACGAUAUGCUUGAUGGGUUUUCCACUGUGCCUUCGUUUGAUCUUCCCCGGACUACAGAUUUUGAUGGCUUUCAGAAAUAAGCAGUACAGAUGGUGAAGCCUGCGAAAGGAACAACCACACUUGCUUUUAUAUUCAAAGAAAGUGUCAUGGUUGCUGCUGAUUCUCGUGCUAGCAUGGGAGGAUAUAUCUAAUGGCUGGAGGAGCUUCAAAACAUGCUCGCAAACAUGCUCUACUCAUACCGUAGAAUGGGACUUUCCGUCAGCACAAUGAUCGCUGGAUGGGACGAAACUGGUCCUGGACUAUACUAUGUCGACAACGAAGGAAGAAGGCUCAAGGGAGACAGGUUCUCAGUCGGUUCUGGUUCACCAUACGCUUACGGUGUACUAGACAGCGGGUACAAGUUCGAUAUGUCAGUUGAAGAAGCUUCCGAGUUAGCAAGGAGAUCAAUCUACCAUGCGACAUUCCGUGAUGGAGCCAGUGGUGGUGUUGCUAGCGGUUAGUAGUUAUUGUAUCUUAAUAUUUGGACUAAAUUUGGUGAUGAAGAUUAAUAAUUAUUGUAUCUUAAUAUUUAAACAUGUAAUAAAUAAAAUUUUAAA